GCCGACCGCCGAGAGUGCCGAGUAGCCCGAGUCGCGCUCGCCCUCUCUCGCCCGUCCAGCAGUCUCUGUCAAAAGAUGUGAAUGCAGGACGGCGGAUUUACGGAUUUACGGUUAAUUGUAAUGGUAUCAGGGCCACGUGUCGUCCGGGCGAAGUCGAGACCACGUACGGCCGAUGCGCGAGGAGGCGGUCCCCUGAGCGGUGGUGUCGCGCGAGCGUAAAACGGCAUUUGAUAUAUAUUAUUAUUUUUUUUAAAUGCGACCAUGGCACUCCGCAAGGUAAAGGGGAACUUCGAGCGGAUGUUCGACAAGAAUCUGACGGAUCUGGUGCGCGGGAUCAGGAACAAUAAGGAGAACGAGGCGAAGUACAUCGCGCAGUGUAUCGAGGAGAUCAAGCAGGAAUUGCGGCAGGACAAUGUGGCGGUUAAAGCCAAUGCCGUGGCCAAGUUGACAUAUCUCCAGAUGUUGGGAUAUGACAUCAGCUGGGCCGGCUUUAACAUAAUAGAAGUAAUGUCGUCGACGAAGUUCACUCACAAGCGAAUUGGCUAUCUCGCUGCCAGUCAGAGCUUUCACGCGGAUACAGAGCUAUUGAUGCUAACAACGAAUAUGAUUCGUAAAGAUUUAAAUAGCCAAAAUCAAUAUGAUGCUGGUUUAGCACUGAGCGGUCUGUCUUGCUUUAUAAGUCCAGAUUUAGCACGUGACCUGGUUCAUGACAUAAUGACAUUGUUGACCUCUACAAAGCCAUACUUGCGCAAGAAGGCGGUUUUGAUGAUGUAUAAAGUAUUCCUGAGAUUCCCGGAGGCCCUGAGACCCGCUUUCCCUCGGCUGAAGGAAAAGCUUGAGGAUCCAGACAGUGGUGUUCAAAGUGCGGCGGUAAACGUAGUUUGCGAAUUGGCCAGAAAGAACCCGAAGAAUUACCUGAGCUUGGCGCCUGUUUUCUUUAAGCUGAUGACAACUUCCACGAAUAAUUGGAUGCUUAUCAAAAUUAUCAAAUUGUUUGGGGCAUUGACACCUUUAGAACCUAGGCUUGGCAGAAAGUUAAUAGAACCCCUUACCAAUUUGAUACACAGUACAUCCGCAAUGUCCUUACUGUACGAAUGUAUCAAUACGGUAAUCGCUGUAUUGAUUUCUAUAUCGUCCGGCAUGCCGAGUCAUUCCGAUUCGAUACAGUUGUGUGUUCAAAAAUUGAGAAUAUUAAUAGAGGACUCUGAUCAAAACUUGAAGUAUCUGGGAUUGUUGGCGAUGUCGAAGAUACUGAGGAAUCAUCCGAAGAGCGUGCAAUCUCACAAAGAUCUAAUUAUGCAGUGUCUUGACGACAAAGACGAAACUAUAAGACUGCGUGCCUUGGAUUUGUUAUACGGAAUGGUUUCCAAGAAAAACCUAAUGGAGAUAGUUAAGAAGUUAAUGGUACAUAUGGACAAAGCCGAAGGCACUAUGUAUCGCGAUGAAUUGCUCUCAAAGAUUAUUCAGAUUUGCUCACAGAACAACUAUCACUUCAUUACCUACUUUGAGUGGUACAUAUCUGUAUUGGUGGAACUCACGCGAAUGGAAGGCACCAAGCACGGACCAUUAGUAGCGACUCAAUUACUUGAUGUAGCAAUUCGUGUACAAGCUAUCCGAAAAUAUGCAGUUCAACAAUGUGCCUUACUGCUUGAGAAUUCAUAUCUUUUAACCGGCCAGCCAAGGGCAACGAUGUCCGAGGUUUUAUAUGCAGCAGCAUGGAUUUGCGGAGAAUUCUCUAGCGAAUUGGAAGAUCCUUUGGCAACAUUGCAGUCUAUGUUGCGAUCGCAAGCUUCUAGUUUGCCAGGACAUAUACAGGCUGUUUACGUUCAUAAUAUAUUAAAACUGGCUGCAACGACAUACGCCAAAGCGGAGAAGGAGGAAGAUACUGAAACCAUGGAAAAGAUUUACGGAUUGAAGGACAAAAUAGCAGCUUUUGUUUGUAGUGGCGACCUGGAAGUUCAGGAAAGAUCAAGUUCUGCAUUAGUACUGCUUGAAUGUUUGAAAGAAAAUUCAGGUCUUGCGCUGGAAUUAAUCAAGACUUUCGAAGGUGAACUUAAUCCAGUUGCACCAAAAGCUCAACGAAAAGUUCCGAUACCGGAAAAUUUAGAUUUGGAUUCCUGGAUCAACGAUCCGCCUUCGGAGAGCUCGGAUUCCGAGGAUUUAGACAUGAAUGAUAUUUUUAUUAAGACGGAGAAAUCGAAUAAUUCGUUUUCCAAACGGGAUUUAAGUGAGCCGUCCCUGGAAGAACUCGAGAGGAGGCGUGAAGCGAGAAAAUUGGAGCAAGAAAAUAAUCCUCAUUAUUUGAAGGGCUCAUUUAAGACUCCUACGUCAUAUCACAAUUCGUCGAAUGUAUAUGAAGACUUUGACAACAUUCCUGUCGCGGAAUUAGACAUCCCAAUCUCUUUAAAGAUUUCCAACUCGCACAGAUGUCGCGACGUAGAUAGCAGCAACAAAAAAUAUAAAAAGCAUGAGAAGAAGAAGAAAUCGAAGAAAAAUAAAAAUAAAAAGUCUGCGUCGGAGGAGGAGGAUGAAAAGGAUGACAGUUUACCAUUGCAAAUAGUAAAUACUGGAAUUGGGGAACUACCUCCGGGCGCAGAGAUAAGUGACAGUGACGAUUACGAUUUAGCAGACACGAAUGAUCCACAUAGAGCUUUGAAUAUCGAUUUGGAUAUGCCUUUACGGGAAGAUGAAAAAUUGCCUGUCUUAGAACACAGAGUUAUUGAAAAUAAAAUUAAAAAAGUGGAAAAAGUUGAAGAAAAGGAAAAUAAGAAGGAAAAGGGGCAUAGAAAGUCUAAAAGAAAAGUCAAGAAUGUCGUGGAGAACAAGGUGAAUGACGAGAAGGAGUCUGACUUGUGGUUGGAAACUAAUUCGUCUCCCGAGAAAGUGCAGUCUCCUGCCAUAGGAGAAUACAUAGAAGUGUCCAGCGAGUCACAAAAAGAUACCAAACGCAAGAAGUCAAAGGGUCAAGGCAAACACAAGAAGUCCAACGUGGAAGACGGGAAGCAUAGGAAAUCGAAGAAGUCGAAGAGUAAGAAGGAGAAUAAGUCGUUGGAUUACGAGGAGACAGCUGGAAUAUCCACUCCGUCAAAAGAGAUAUUGCCGGAGCUGAAGAACGAUAUUAUGAAUGACGAAUAUAACGCGAUUACUGCACAGCAAGAUAUCUCCCAGGAAGAAUUAGCCAAAAACAAAGUCAUUUCCAUGAGGUACGAGCUGAGACAAAUCCCUCACGACUCAAGUAAAAUUAUCGUAUCGAUUUCCAUUACAAAUACAGGUCAGCCACUUGUAAAAGAGUUAGUCUUUGAUGUUCCAGACACAGCGUCACUCAAAUUAGUUAGGAACCCUGGAGACGAAUUUGGAAUAAAACUGCCGUUCCAACUGCCUCUGCAAUCUAGCAAAGAAACCGAGUUCACCGUUCUAGUCUCGGACGUGACGUUCGCUCAGAGACUUAGAGGUACACUGACGUACAUGUUUGAAAGUAAAGAAGGCACGCAACAAGAAAAGCUCGACUUCACCGUACCCCUGUCGUGUAGCAAGUUCAUGGUCGGGCAUCUCUCUCACAAGGACAUACUCACGGAGCUCCUUAAAAGUGGUCAAUUAGUAUCUAAGAUUAGACGAGAGAUAAUGCCUUCUCAGGACUUCGACACGGUUCUGAAUGUUAUCUGUCGCAAGUGCAAUCUCACACUCGUGGAACAAAUUGACGACACUGCAUCUUUAUACGGACAUUCUUUGAAGGGACAUCAUGUGUGCCUUUUGUUAAAAUAUAACAGAGCGACGGAAAAUCUAUUGAUCGAAGGUAAAGGUGACAAUAACUCAUUACUGUCGGGAAUUGGCGAGGAGAUCUUGAGGAUCCUGACAUAAUAUUGACUAACAAGUGUCUAUAUUUUGCAAUUGAUUCCUAUCGUGCAUCGCAGUUAUGUUGAACAUACACUGGGACAUACGCAGAGGAACACUUCGAUUGUGUCCACUAUACAUAAAAUACAAAUAUAUAGCGGCUAUAGCGUGUCUGCAAACCCAUUAAAUAUUUUCGGAAGGGAUCUUACCUAAACUUCACGUGUAAUUUAGAUUAUAAGUUUGUUAAAUAUUUAAGAGAUACACACACAAAUACAUACACACGCAUAAAUACACACAAACACACACACACACACACACACGCACACACAUAUGUACAUUUCUGUAUGCGUGAGGCAAAGUUUCGUAAAGAAACUGCGAGAAGAAGGAGAAGGUGAAAUAAUUGCCAAGAAUUGAAGACACUGAAAUAAAAGUAGAUUAAUGUUUCUAAAUAGGAUUUAAGUCUGGCAUGGCACUGACGUGCAAUAAAUACAAGGAAUCAUGAAUAUUUAGUUAUCCUUUAAGAUAAUCAUCCACUUUCAGCUAUCUUGUUGAAUUACGUCCGAUAUCUUCCAAAAACUUCUGUAAAUUAUUACACUUUCUUAUCUUUACAAUGUUGCAUUUACUACACAGCAUGUAAUAAUUGAAAUAGCUUACGAAUAACGACUAAGGAGCAGUUCUUUGUACAGUACGGAAAUAAAUGUUGCAACAGAAACAGAUUGACCAUACUUUUCAUAUUCAAUGCCUUCAAUUUUUGCGUCCAGUUGGAAUAAUAUAUAUUCCACCGCUAUUGUUGAGAUCUUUAUUAUUUUGUAAAAUAUACGAAAUAUUAUAUUCAUUGCGAUGUUGCGUCCGAUUUUUGUAAACAUGGAUUAACGAGAGCAAGUGAUAAGCGUAUAUUGUGCAUGCGACGCUUCUAUAAUGUCAUUAUGAUAACAAGAAAUUAUGUAAAUUUAAAAUUAUUACAUGAUCCAUGUAUGCAUAAUCGUGCGGGGAAAAAAAAUGCUCCUAUGUUAUUUUGCAAUGGGCUUUGAUUGCAUCAAGUUUUAUAUAUCCAUUUUCCUUUCUUUUAAUGCCCUCUGUCUUCUCUUGUUUUGAGAUACAUAAAGAUUUUUAUAUUUGAACAUAAAUUCUAGAUUUUUUUAUGUUAACGCGCUAACAUAUCUAGCUAUUAAACGUGUGCCAAAAAUCAUUGGAGCUUUCAAUAUCCAGACAAUCCCUUUUAUUCCUAGAGCGACGUUGACUCUAGUCGCAAGACGCGUUGACCUUUGAAUAUUAUACGAUUACAGUUGUAAUAAUGAUUUCCCCUCGUAGAUACGAGAAGCAUGCGAUGUGCUCCUCGUAUGCAUCAUGAUAGACGCAAAUGAAUGUCCUUAAUUUUUAACUUCGUAUCUUACACUUACCAUUACCAUUGUAGAAAGAUAGUCGAUGUCUCUGCGUUUUAAGUACACAAUUCACGUGAGAGACGUGCGUGCGAGCGUGCAUGUUGACCAUGACAUAUUCUAUUAUAAAUUACACGCUGCGAAAUUAAGGACGGCAUUAUUAUAUUAACGCGCAUUUUUUUCUUUGAACUUUACUUCUCGCGCUCGCAAUUGUGAACGACCACAUAAUAAAAUUAUAAUAAAACUGUAACCGGUUGCAAGCCUCGCUUGUAACAAUUUAUUACUCAGAAAUUAAGAGGAUAUAUUGUUCGUCUGAAUUCAACGAAGUCUCAUUGCGAAUGAAAAUAUUACCUAGUUACAGAAGGGGAAGAUUUGCACGGUUAAAUUGGAGGCCAAAUUUACGAAUUUAUUUCAAAAAGAAAGGAAUAAAAAAUACAGUUUUCCGUUAGAUAUUGUUUAUUGCUAUAUUUAAGACGUGGAAAAUUAAUUUGUAAUAAAAAAAUGAUUAAAAGUAUAAAAGUUUUCUGUUAUUCUAAAAAUAAGCUUGAAAAUUUCGAAUUUUACCACGAUUCUAAAGAAGCAAACUGCUAUUCUUUGAUCUAGUUUUUCCUCAAAACAGGAUUUUUAAUGUUUAUUUUAGGUUCAAUCUGAAGAAAAUAUCCUGAGAAAAACUAAACCAGAGAAUAGCAAAUUGCUUCUUUUAUAGAAGUCACAGAAUCAGCAAAACUCGAAAUUUUCGAGCUUGUUUUUAUAAUGACUGAAGACUUAUAUUUUUCGGUCUGUCUUUAAUGACGGAACUCCUAUAAUUUUAAUAAAUCUCGUAUUACAACUUAAUUUUCUACAUUUCAAAUAUAGUAAAUAAAUAAUACCUACACGAAGAGCUACAUCCAUUUAUUCCUCUUCCUGAAAAAAAUUCGCAAAUUUCACCUUCAAUUUUAUAUACUUUCUGUCCCUCCCGACGAUGUAAUUUGCGUGCUCGCGAACUGGUUUAGGAAGUCUGUACCGCCAAUACAAAGUACCCUAAUAGAAAUUCUUUCAAAG